AAGGCCUACCGACAGGACAGGCCGGGCGAGGAGCCUAGUACAAAGGCCUCGAAUUUUUCACAGAGCUGAGCAGCUGAGGACUGAGGUCCAUUUGCGAAGCCUCCUCUCUCUCCAUACUGAUAUACUUCUUCUUGUUCAACUCCCAUAGAAGAGAGAGGGAGGCACAGACGAGGCGUGGGAAAUGGAGGGGGAGGCAGUGGUGGAGAACAAGCGAAUCAUAUUCAAAGGUUACAUCGACGGAAUACCCAAGGAGACGGACAUGGAGGUGAAAUCUGGCGGCGGCAAGAUGGCGGCGAGGGGGUCGGGCGGAGUGGUGGUGAAGAACCUCUACCUCUCCUGCGAUCCCUACAUGCGAGGGCGCAUGCGCCAAUUCUACGACUCCUACAUCCCCCCUUUCCUUCCCGGCUCGGUUCUUGAAGGGUUUGGUGUCUCGAGAGUUGUGGAUUCUGAUCAUCCAGAUUUCAGUGCCGGUGAUAUAGUCACCGGGAUCACAGGCUGGGAAGAAUACAGCUUGAUCACGAGAACCCAGCAAUUGAGGAAGAUCCAGCGCCAGGAUGAUAUCCCUCUUUCGUACUACGUCGGUCUUCUUGGCAUGCCAGGUUUUACUGCUUAUGCUGGAUUUUAUGAAGUUUGCUCCCCUAAGAAAGGGGAUUAUCUUUUUGUCUCUGCCGCAUCUGGAGCAGUUGGUCAGCUUGUUGGCCAACUGGCUAAGCUGCAUGGAUGCUAUGUAGUAGGGAGUGCUGGCACAAACCAAAAAGUUGAUCUUCUGAAGAAUAAAUUCGGGUUUGAUGAAGCCUUCAAUUACAAAGACGAGCCAGACUUGGAUGCAGCAUUGAAAAGGUACUUGCCAAAGGGUAUCGACAUUUACUUCGACAAUGUGGGGGGAUCCAUGCUAGAUGCAGCGCUAUUGAACAUGAGGGUCAACGGCAGGAUUGCCGUAUGCGGGAUGGUGUCGGAGAAAAGCUUGUCGAAUCCUCGAGGGAUUCACAACUUGAGCAAUCUCAUAUAUAAGCGCGUAAGGAUGCAGGGGUUCCUGCAGAGUGAUUACCUGCAUUUGAUGCCGCGUUUUCUGGAAGAUGUCGGUCAACUAUACAAGCAAGGGAAGAUUGCUUAUGUAGAAGAUAUGAGCAAUGGCUUGGAAAGCGCUCCGGCCGCUCUUGUGGGGCUGUAUUCUGGGAAGAAUGUGGGCAAGCAGGUCGUCUGUGUAUGCCCUGAAUGAUCCGAUUAAUAGGCAGAAAAGUGAGUGAAUCAAACUGUGUUAAUUUGAAGGUCCCAAACCAAAGGGAUUUUUCUUGUUAAAUGUUAACAUUGAGUAGACCAGUUAAGUGGUGGUCCAUGUGGAUUUUUUUAAAUUUUGAAAAUAAAAAAUAACACCAGUAAAGUGGUAGUCCAUGUGGUUAAUAGUGGUGGUUAAACUCUUGAGGUUGGGAAUUUGAAUUUUGAGCAUCAUUUCACUA